AUGUUCCAACCGACGUGGCUUCCAAGAAGGAGGCCACUGCUCCAUAAAGCGACCUUUGUUGCGAGCACUGUCUUUGCCUGGCUGCUUUUUGUUCACAUACAUUAUCUUUUCGCCAAACCAAGCACAUACACCCACUUGGACGAGACCCAAUUGCAAGUACAGGUCCAAGAGGAUGAGACGCAUCACAGUUUUCAAAGCAUCGAUCCAUGUCCGACAAGCCGCGAAGUUCUCAGCAUCAAGGCUUACGAGGCUAUGAGUGACGAGUGCGUGGAAGAAUGGGUUGCACAUCAUCAAUGGAGUUCCGCAUGCACGGGAACGAAUCUCAGCGAGGGACUCAAGGUGGACGGAGUAUGGGCAUGGGUCAAUGGCACCGACCCUCUACAGAUUGCCGCAAGAGAACAGUAUAAACCUGGCACAGCCAUGAAAAUGGACGCAGCUCACAGAUAUGUCGAACACAACGAGUUGCUAUAUUCUAUGCGCUCUGCAUUGACAUCUCUGGGCAACGAAAACAUGCAAAGGAUGCAUAUCCUGGCCAGUGCGUAUCGUCAUUCCAACGCCAGUGGUAAGAUGAUGACUGGACAAGUGCCUACCUGGCUUGAAAAGGCCAAGGCACUCACUGGCGAAAGUGCCGUCGUGCUGCACCAUGAUGCGGAUUAUUUCAAGCCCAUCGAAAGCCCUGGAACCAAUCUGUCAUCGGAAAAGACACAAGAAUGGAGAGAAGCUGUUCUGCCUACAUUCAACUCUUUAGCGGUAGAGGCACAAAUUCAGAACAUCGACCAUGUGUCCUCCGAUCAGCUUGUCUACUUCAACGACGACUUCUUCACACUACGGAAACUCGCCGUGUCCGACUUUACGACUCCUCUCUAUGGUCCGGUCAUCAAAACACUAACAAGAUUCACGAGCAUGUAUCUGCCCGCGAAGAAGACCAUCUGGCGUACUUUCAACCCUGCUGGCGAGGAGCCUGGCAUUAAGCGUGCUGCUUGGGUCCUUGGAAUGCGCUUCUCAAUGCGCCCGUACUACUACAUUACCCAUCAUCCCAGGACUCUCUGGCUUCCUCUACUCCGAGAAGCUGCCCAGACCUUUCCCGAAGCCUUCACUAAUACACCGCUGUCACGAUUCCGUGCACAAGAUGAUGUUCCGGCUUCCAUUCAGGCCGUUUUCUUAGGGUCGUGGUACGUUGUGGAGCGUCACCGCGAAGCAUUACUUUGGUCCUGGGUAGUCGCAAAAUGGGGAGGGACUAGCGGAGAACUUUCCACUAUGACCAAGGAUGAUAUGUGGGAGGAACUGGCUGGAGGGACGGCGUCAUCGAAGUCUCUUCUGCACAUCAGUGUGCCUGUCCGGGCUCCGAUUUUGGAUACAGAAGUGUUCAAAAAGGCGAACAUCAGUCUACCCACUUCGACCGAAUAUUCCUUCUCGAGUAAGGACGGAUAUGCACUUUCAUAUGUUGACUCAAUGUGGCCGUGGAAUCGGCCCAGACAUGGCUACCCAGACCUUACGAGCGGUCUUAUGGGAAACACAUCGUCGCAACUCACGCAGGAUCCCAACUUCGUCGCAGCCAACGCAUGCGUCAUCAAUCGUUUAACCUGUUUUGGCGUAUCCCAAGAGAAUGAAACUGCAAACGACUUCUUCAAGCGCAUAGCUUUCGAGAAUCCCAGAUGUGGAGACUGCAUUGUUACCGCCUUGAUUGGUGCGAGUGGGGUAUCUGGUAUCGACAAGUUCCUGCCGGACCACCUUGCUGGAGCAGAUUCAGCGAGUUAUUCAGACACUCUCACUAGUCCGCCACACUUACCCUUGACCUCUAACUGGACGACGACUGACUUCUCGAUGCCUGAUGCCAUACCAAAAGGCUCUCUACCAGCAAACAUGACGCUUCGGACCUGGUGCAUCCGGCUCAUCCAAAGAUAUUCGUACGUCCUUGGAUCGGUGGAAAGUGAUCUCUACAAGGUAGAAAGAGCUGGUGAUCUUGAGGUCAAGAUGAGCGAGAUUGAGCUCAAGGUACAAGAGGAUGGGUGGGCUAGGGGACCACUGACAUUCUUGUGUUUGAAUGACGAUAUCAAGGAUACUGGCAAACUUCGGAACCGCAUUGAUGAGCUACUGGUGAGCUUUUUCGAGAAAAUGUGGCCGGAUAGGAUGAAUUUUGAGAAAGAAGACUAG